GUGGGGCCAAGUCGGCGGCUUUCGGUGUCGGCCUCCGUGCGCGGCGGCCGCGCGCGGUCCGUACACCCGUCGCGGAGCCGCUAUGGGCCCUCCCGGUCCCUGGCAUCGCGCCGCGCGAGCACCGGCUUAUAACCAGGAUUGAAGCUUCAAGAUGUCUGACCAGGACCCUGGGGGCAUUAGCCCCCUGCAACAAAUGGUGGCCUCAGGGGCUGGGGCUGUGGUCACCUCGCUCUUCAUGACCCCUCUUGAUGUGGUAAAGGUCCGUUUGCAGUCUCAGCGCCCCUCUGUAGCCAGCGAGCUGAUGCCUCCCUCCAGGUUCUGGAGCCUCUUCUACACCAAAUCACCCUCCCCUCUCCAAUCCACAGGGAAGUGCCUCCUGUACUGCAAUGGCAUCCUAGAACCAAUGUACCUGUGCCCAAAUGGUACCCGCUGUUCCACCUGGUUUCAAGAUCCUACCCGCUUCACUGGCACCCUGGAUGCCUUUGUGAAGAUUGUAAGGCAUGAGGGCACAAGAACCCUAUGGAGCGGCCUCCCUGCCACACUGGUCAUGACUGUGCCAGCUACAGCCUUCUACUUUACUGCCUACGACCAACUCAAGGCCUUCCUGUGCAGCCGGGCCCUGAUCUCUGACCUCUACGCCCCCAUGGUGGCUGGCGCGCUGGCCCGCAUGGGCACUGUGACCGUGGUCAGCCCCCUGGAACUUCUUCGGACCAAGUUGCAGGCUCAGCAUGUGUCAUACCGGGAGCUAGCCACCUGCGUUCAGGCUGCGGUGGCUAAAGAUGGCUGGCGCUCACUGUGGCUGGGCUGGGGCCCCACAAUCCUUCGAGACGUGCCCUUCUCAGCUCUCUACUGGUUCAAUUAUGAGCUGGUGAAGAGCUGGCUGAAUAGGUUCCGACCAAAGGACCAGACAUCUGUGGGCGUGAGCUUCAUGGCUGGUGGCAUCUCAGGGACAGUAGCUGCCAUCCUGACUCUACCCUUUGACGUGGUGAAGACGCAGCGGCAGGUCGCGCUGGGAGCUGUGGAGGCUGUAAGAGUGAAGCCCCCGAGUGUCGAUUCCACCUGGUUGCUGCUGCGGAGGAUCCGGGCUGAAUCGGGCACCAAGGGCCUCUUUGCAGGCUUCCUCCCCAGGAUCAUCAAGGCUGCACCAUCGUGUGCCAUCAUGAUCAGCACCUAUGAGUUCGGCAAAAGGUUCUUCCAGAGGCUUAACCAGGAGCAGCCUUUGAGCCACUGAAGGAGGCACCAGGAUGCCCCUGCUUUUCCAUAGAUGGGGCAGAAGACUGAGCCAAGUGCCUUUGCCUCAGCACCCCUCCUUUUCCUUCCCUCCCAAGAGCCCCAAGUAGCCUCCCCCUGUUACCUAAGCCAUCCUUAGGCACAGCCCAUUUCCUCUUGUUCCCCUUACGAAGACUGUCACUUCCCCCUCCAAGUUCAAGACCAAAUCUGAAUCUGCCCCAUUUGUCUUCCCUCUGUGUUUGCUGUGGCUGGGCUCCCAGUCCUGUCUGUUCUAGUGUGAAGGCGAUGAUGACCGUC